UGGGUGUGGAAAAAAACACAGUGGUGAGCGAAUUGACAGCAGCAGCUUUUGCUAGUCUGUUAGCAACCUACAUGUGGAGGGAACAGCAGCGAGAGUUGCUCGCACCCCAAAGUUAGCACCAAUUUCUCUUUCUUUUGUAUUGGGACAACAUUACGACGACCUCGGUGAAUUUUUAAGCCACAGAUAAGUUGAGAUAAAGAUGAAAGGCCGGAUCGAGCUGGGGGACGUCACCCCCCACAACAUUAAACAGCUGAAGCGUCUCAACCAAGUCAUCUUCCCUGUCAGUUACAACGACAAGUUCUACAAAGAUGUACUGGAAGUAGGAGAGCUCGCCAAGCUAGCGUACUUCAAUGACAUCGCCGUGGGAGCCGUGUGCUGUCGGGUGGAUCACUCCCAGAACCAGAAGAGAUUGUACAUCAUGACACUGGGCUGCCUCGCACCCUACCGCAGACUGGGCAUUGGAACAAAGAUGCUGAACCACGUGCUGAACAUCUGUGAGAAGGAUGGCACUUUUGACAACAUUUACCUUCACGUUCAGAUCAGUAACGAGUCUGCGAUCGACUUCUACCAGAAGUUUGGUUUUGAGAUCAUCGAAACGAAAAAGAACUAUUACAAGAGGAUAGAGCCGGCAGACGCCCAUGUUCUCCAGAAGAGCCUGCGGAGCCCGUGCGAGCCCCCAGCAGGAGACCUGCAGAAGGCCGAGUAGGAGCCGGAGCACGCUGGAGAGAUGGAUCUCGGCCCGUAUUCACGAAGUGGAACUGUGACCGAUGCCCCAGGGCCUGUAGAUACACCACUUUUUUUGGAGGGCAAUUUAAAGAGAAAAACGAGUCCAUGACAAAAUUGCUGAAUUUUUAUUUUUCAAAAACAAAACUGUCCCCAUCAGUUUGCAUUCUCUCUCUUUUUUUCUUUCCUCAAUUAGAGAGUUGAAAUUAGACACAAGGUUUUUUUUUUUUGUCUUUUUUUUUUCUCCAGGCAGAAUACAUAAGUGCUCCUAAAAGCUGCUUACUUGUUACAGAGUAGACAUGGUGAAGGUUAACUAUGUAAGCAUACCGUUUGCAUUUUGUUUUAAAUCAUUAAUGGCAAGGGGACACAACGUUGUUGCUUGAACAAGGCGAUAGACCUUUUUAAAAAAAUAGGACUGUUGUUUUUGGCGAAAAGGUGGUCCUGCCUUGGCAGCAUUGGACGUCACGCUACAGAUCGUCUCGGUGACCUCCGGACCUCCCGUCACCUCGCCACCUGAGCCCGGGAACACAGAUGUGUUCGGUUUUUUUUUUACAGGCAGAAUGCUGGGGAGGAGUAUUGCACGUGAUGCAGUGUCUCUUUCUUUAGGUGCGAGUCUCUCCGAUCUGUUUCGCACAGGAUCAUCUCGCCGCCCCCUCGAGCCGGCGUGAACAUGAUCAAACGGUUUGAAAGUGAGAGAUUGAGUGUGGGAGGAGACUCCACUCCCGUUUCUGAAUGUCUUUACUUCUCUGCCCAUUAUUUAAAGUCCCCUUAAUUUUGUUUUUGUUUUUAUUUUGUUUUGCAUAAUUGCUGGUUGGUUCAUGGCUUUUCCUGGGGUGCUGUUGGUGCUUCAGAUUGGAGAAAAAACUGUAAAGUGCCAGUUAUGGAGAGGAGGUGUGCUGUUGUUACAGUUACCCCAGAAUAUGAGACACUUUUAACGUAGCGCGUGCCUUUUUCUACACACACUCACAUUCCACGUGCAAGAAAUUGAUUUUAAUUUAUUUUUGAGAUUUUCCCCCAAGAACAAAUUGAUUUCAGAAACAGGAGGAAAAACUCAACCACGACAACCUGAAAUACUUUUGUCAAUUUAACAAACCACAUCGCUGUGAGUUCACACAGAAUGUAAGCGUUAACAUGGUUCAGUUAACCAGGUGAUUGUAAAAUAUUGGGGUAAAGCAAAGGAAAACUGCAACAGUUAUUUUACUUGAAUGGUUUCAGUCUGAAUUUUUGUCCUCUAUGUGACGACACACAAAUUGCAUUUCAUAAUAUUCCUAAGCGUUCAUUGAUGUUAAUUUCAGCAGUCUCCUCUUCGGCAAACUGGCAGCUAAAAACCGACCCACAACAUGUCGCUAUCAUUUCAGUGAUGUUCACUGACCAAAACAAAAAACAAAUCUGUUUUUUAACGCACUGUGGGAUUGGCGUGGUUUGGUUAUAGAGGUUCCUUAUGCUGAACUUGGAUUCACAGGCCAGACCCCAGGGGAAGCCUUGACACUGCAUGCCAAGAGGGAUGUGCCCUCUCCAUUGUAGUACAAGCAUGUUUUCUUUCUUUCUUUGGAGAAUCUUUUCUGGAGCUCUAUAUUGUAAAACUUUUAAAACCUCUAAAUAAAAUACUAUUUGCAUUA